AUGUCCCCCUCAGCCCCCACAAAGACCAAAACCAGCCUCUCCAUCACCCACAUCGGCACCGCCACCGCCAUCCUCUCCCUCGACGGCAUCAACCUCCUCACCGACCCCUUCUUCUCCCCCGCCGGCAGCACCUGGGACAUCGGCAUCACGCUCGCCGUCUCCGCCAACCCGGCCCUCUCCCUCGCCCAGCUCCCCCCCAUCGACGCCGUCCUCCUCAGCCACGACGACCACGUCGACAACCUCGACCCCCCCGGCCGCACCCUCCUCGACGGCCGCCGCGUCCUCACCACCCCCUCGGCCGCGCGCAACCUCGCCCCCCGCCCCGGCACCCGCGGCCUCGCGCCCUGGGAAACCGUCACGCUCCGCCUCAACGGCAGGGACGUCCGCGUCACCGCGACGCCGACGCAGCACCUCCCCGGCGGCCAGUGCACCGGCUUCCUCGUCCACCACCCGGACGGCAGCGUCGACCGGGCGUCGGGCCUGCCCAACGCCGUGUGGUUCGCGGGCGACACCGUGUACCUCGCCGAGCUGCGCGACGGCAUCCGCGCGCGCGCGCACGUCACGGCCGCCGUGCUGAACCUGGGGGCGGUGUACAUCCCGGCGGCGGUUGUGCAUGCGUUGGAUCCGCGGGCGGCGGGGGCGGAGGCGGAGGCGCCGGUGGAGGAGGGCGCGGCGGAUGUGCAGAUCACGAUGGAUGGGAGGCAGGGGGCGAGGAUUGUGCGGGAGCUGGGGGCGGAGAGGCUGGUGCCGAUGCAUUAUGAGGCGUGGACGCAUUUCACGCAGGGCGGGGAGGGGUUGAGGAGGGUGUUUGAGGAGGAGGGCGUGUUGGAUCGCGUCUGUUGGCUUGAGCCUGGGAAGCCGGUGGAGGUGUUGUGA